UCCUGUUUCUGCGCAUGCGUGGAAAUGUCAGCUGAGCUCAGGAGGCAGCAUCAUGGCGGCCUCCGGUGUGAGCAUGAAAUGUGUCUUUCGGAGAGCGAUGGUGCCCUCCUUGGUUGUUAUUCUGGGGGCUACCGGUACCGGGAAGUCCAAACUAGCAAUCGAGCUCGGAAAGCGCCUUCAGGGAGAAAUAAUCAGCGCGGACUCCAUGCAGGUAUAUAAAGGUUUGGACAUCAUCACCAAUAAGGUGAACGCUGAGGAGCGCGCCCAGUGCACACAUCACAUGAUCGGCUUCGUGGAUCCAUUGGUGAAGAGCUACACUGUGGUGGACUUCAGGAACAAAGCGCUGGAGUUAAUAGAUGACAUGCACAGCAGAAACAAGCUGCCCAUCAUUGUUGGAGGAACAAACUAUUACAUUGAGUCCCUGCUGUGGAGAGUGCUGGUGGACUCAGGGCAGGAGAACGAGGACUCUGGGGACGGAGCAGAUGGAGGCCAAAACAGGAAGAUGGAGCUGGAGAAACUGGGAGGAGAGGAGUUGUAUAAAAGACUGAUGGAGGUGGAUCCAAAGAUGGCGUCCAUGCUUCACCCAAAUGACAAGCGCAAGAUAGCCAGAAGCCUGCAAAUUCACAAGGACACGGGUGUCCCUCACAGCCACUGGCUGGAGGAGCAGAGGCAGGGAGGUGACGGGCUGGGGGGGCCCCUCAGGUACCCGGACCCUUGCAUCUUCUGGCUGCACGCCGACAUGGAGGCUCUGGACCGGCGGUUGGAUGCUCGUGUGGAUGAGAUGCUGUCUGCAGGCCUAAUGGAGGAACUCAGAGAUUUCCAUCUCCGAUACAAUCAACAAAAAGCCCAGAAUGAGAGUCAGGAUUACCAACAUGGGAUUUUCCAGUCGAUCGGUUUUAAGGAGUUCCACAACUACCUGACGUCUCCGGAAACCAGCAGCCAGCAGGAGAAGGACCAGCUCAGAGAGAAAGGUAUAGAAGCUUUGAAAGUCGCCACCAAACGUUACGCCCGCAAACAGAAUAAAUGGGUCCGGAACCGCUUCCUGAAGCGACCAGGAGACAGCGUCCCGGCGAUGUACGGCCUGGAUGUGACAGACGUGUCCAGGUGGGAGGAGACUGUGCUGAAGCCUGCACUGCAGAUCCUGGACAGUCUCAGCAAGGGUGAGGAGCCCCCUUUGGCCCCCAUUAGAGUGCAGGGCCCUAGAAACAAACGCAGCCACCACACCUGCGACCUGUGUGAUAAAAUAAUCAUCGGAGACCUGGAAUGGACCGCUCACCUGAAAUCCAAAAAGCAUCACUAUCACGUGAGGAAGAGGAGAAAGUCUGAUCCGGGGUGCGAACCGCCCGUCUCCACCCCCCCUGAAACCUCUCAGGGUUCCUCUAAAGAACUGAGGACAGAACACACAGACGGAGCGGAGGACGCUUUGAGAGCUGCUUCUCCUUUGAGCUCCGUCAGCCGGGUGAACACGACCUCUGACCUCUAAACUUCACUGAACGUCGGCGUCUUCUAGGUUUCUAGGAGACGACCUCAUGCACACAAAGGAGACAUUUAAAGAUAUUUAUUUUUGCUGUUUAAAUUAAAGCAAAAAAAAAAAAAAAUUCUCUAUUUUU